AUGUUCAAUCCCUUGGCUUGUGUCAGUCCUCGUCUUCAACGACGAGGUGAAGAAUUCGAAGAAUUCGAAGAAGCUUCUCCCUGCUCGACAACAUCAUCGACACCGAGGAGUUGUAGUACGACUCCGACUCCGACAACAAAAACUAAAACUACUACUACUACUACUUCUGGAGGAAAGAAGGGACUGAACAAGAAGAAGAAGAAUAACCCUUACUCCACUAGUGGCCUCGACAAGUUCUCGACUCUCUUGGCCGAUCUCGAGGAGAGGAAACGCAAGAUUUAUGCGCAGGUGGACGAUGCUAACGCUCCUUACGUUGGAUUCAUCCGCUCUAAAUCAGGCGAUUGGCUCCCCAUCGUCGUCAGAUUGGGAAAUCACGACCACCACACUAGUACAACUACGCCCAUUCAUCAACACAAUAAGCUCACCCAUGAUCAUAAGGCGGUAGCGUUGACGAAGAAGAAGCCCGUAAUUGGCGUUUGUGGUACUGAUGGCAAGGACAAGUCUCUGCAGGGUCAGGGAUCCACACAGUACAACCCACCACCACCACCACCACCACCGGAUGGCAAUUAUAACCCUCCUUCCUCCUCCAGAUGCUCUACUACUACUACUACUACUACUACUUCCACCCCCAUCAAAAACAACAGGUGCAGCAGCAAGGCCUCCUCUCCCCAAAAACUUGUCCAAUUACAGCAGCAGCAACAAGAACAUAGGAAACAAGCAACGCUGGCCACCGCCACCGCCUCUGCCUAUUCUUCCUCUUGUAUGGAUGAUGAUGGAAGGACGGCCGCUGCCUCCAACAACAACAACAAGAAGAAGAAGAGUGGUGAAAAUAGCAUGGGGAUGAUGAUGAGGUGGGGGAGGCCUUCUGAGUAUUUGCCCCUGGUUGUGGUGCUAAGUCUGGUGUGCUUGUUGAUGUUUGGGAGAUCCGUUGCCAUACUCCUCACCUCUGCCUGCUGGUACUUAAUCCCCACCAUCAAGACCACGCCGCCUACUUCUACUACUACUACUACUCCAAUGAAUCCCAAUCCCAAGAGACCAUCACCAUCCAGCAGCUUUGUUAAGAAGAAGAAUAAGGAGUACGCCACAAGGUUGGGUAGUCAUGAGAAGAACAAUAAUAUUAUACCAUCAUCCAAUAUGCCCAAUAUUGUUGAUUCCUUGUCUAAGAGACGUAGAAAUGGCCGAAGCUGGUGA